UUUAUUGUCAAAGUCAAAAACAUCAAAAUAUAAAAAGCAAGCAGAAAAGCUUUUAAUAUUUAUCAUUGAUUUUAUUUCGAUUUGAAAUGAAAUGAAAUAAACUUGUUUAAAGGUAGUUCAUGUGUAUUUCUUAUUUUUAAUUAGGUCUAGUAAAAUUGCUACAAACGCGUGAAAAUAUUAAAAUUUCGUUCCUGUAACGAAAAACUUAAGAUGGAGGGAAAGAAAAUAUCGUUUGGCUUUAUGAAAACAAAGAAAGCUGAAAAGGCUCCAGUCCAAGAGAAGCGGGAAUUCAUAGAAUGUGUUGAGGAGAAAUCAAUAAAAGUCGUUGGUGGAGGCGAAAUCAAAGACGAAACACCUUUAGUUAUUCCCAUGAAACCAAAUACACUUAUCACGGCUGAGAGACUGAAAAAAAUCGCUGAAGAAGUCGAGAGUGCUAUGAACGAACCAGACCCUGGUGAGAAACCAAUUGAAGACAGCAAAGCUGAAGAAAAACCUCCAGAUGAAACAUUAGAUCAAAUGGCUGUAAGGGAACUGUUACAAGAGGCUAAAAAAGAAAAAAAACUGGAAUCAGUAGAGCUGACAGUUCCAGUGCCUGCUAAACCAAUAAUGGAUGGUGAGAAAGAGUCCUCUUUAGAAGACUAUGAAGCAGUGCCUAUUCAAGACUUUGGGAUGGCUAUGUUGCGUGGCAUGGGAUGGCAACCAAACAAAGACCAAUCAAAAUACAAGCAGCCUCAGCUUCGUCCGAAGGGUCUCGGGUUAGGGGCAGAUAAAGUUGUAUCCGAGAACCAGAAGAAAAAGGCAACUAAAGACAACAAUCAAGAAGAGCUGUCUAUAGUCAAGAAUUCCUAUGUGAAGAUAACCACUGGGAAAUAUAGCAGGUAUUAUGGAAAGGUUGUAAGUCUGGACGAAGAUAAUGGCAGAGUUAUGGUUGACAUCCCAAUCAAAAAGGAAACUGUCAGUUUGAGUGAAUUCAUGAUGCAUCCAGUGAACAAGUCUGAGUUUGAUAAAGAAUCCAAAGUGAUAAACCCCAAUUCAUUUGAGGAGUACAAGAGAAAUGAAAAAGUAUCACAAAAUUCUUCCAAAAACGGAUCGCCCAAAGUUGAAAGAGAUGGUUCUACAAGCAAAAAAGAUUUAGAUAAAAAUGACAGAAAGGAAUCCAAUAAAUACUACAAAAGUAGAGAAAAAGAUAACUCGAACGGAAGGAGUAGAGAUAAAGAGAGACAUAAAAGAGCUUCUUCUAGCAGUGAAGACAGAUCUCGUAGAAGAAAGAAGGAGAAGAAGAGAUACAGUAGCAAUGAUUCCUUAAGUUCUCUUUCUGAUGACAAAAGGAAAAACAAAAAACGCCACAGCAGUAGUGACUCGGAUUCUCCAAGGGAUAGGAGAAAGAGAACUCCGGACGGAAAGAGAGAUAUUGAUAAAAAACGUAAGGGGAAGAAGAAGAAGAGAGAUAGAGACCGCUCUCCUAACUACAGGAAGCAUAGGAAAUAAGCUUUAAGUGAAAAUAAAUCAUUAUUAAGUAAGA